AUGAGGAUAACCGUGGAUAUUGGCAUACAGGCACAGCCUAAAAUUGCGCCGAAGAAAUUCAGAUUUAUCAAGAACUUUGAGCUUGAUAGUUCCAGAGAGACUUCCAUCUGUAUCGAAACAAUUCGUAGCGCAUGCAUUGACCAACUUCGCCGUAAUGGCGCAGAUCCUGAGGAAUGUCAGUACUUCGAAGAUGUCGCCAACAAACGCAGAUUUGGCCUUUGGCUGCUCGAUGAUCUCUCCGAAGAACUCAGUUAUAUGAUGAAUUUCAAUGGCGAUGAUAUCUUUCCACUACAGCUACCGGGCAAAUGGCUCGAUGAUAAAAUGACCUUGGACAAUCUUCUCAUUCACGACGGCUACAAAUUGUUGUUCAAGAACAAAAUUGAAAGACUCCCUAUCAAAACGCUCAAUGAUACCAAGAAUGAGGAUCAAAUCAACGCACUAAAAGAGACGGCCGCAGUGAAGAAGUAUUCAGCAAAAACCGAUAUAAGUACACUGAAGACGAUGAAUUCAACGAUGAACUCGACAAUGAAUAGAAGUCAGUACAACACGAUGAAGUCUAACCAAACGAUGAACCGAAGCAGAAUAGACAGCACUAUGAGUAGAAGUGGACUUCACGACGGAACGGCCCAUAAGAACAAAGAAACUAUCGUUACCAAGUCUAAAAAUAAGCUUAAAAAGAUGGCGGACCGAAAUUACACCAAACUGCAAAGCAAACUCAUCACCGACGAUAAAAUUGAAUGGCUCAAUCCCUCAGAGACCCUCGCAAGCGAGCUUUAUCGUUAUAGGGAAUUAUUGAAUAUGUUUAAUGAGAAUGAGCAUAACCAAAUUGAACCAGUGGUAGUCCUAAGAAGAAGGUAUUUCUUCAGCGAUGCGAAUGUAGAAGAGAGGGACCCAACGCAACUGAGUCUUUUGUACAAGCAAUGCGUGAAGUCUGUUAUCUCUGGCGAAUACUCAGUGACGAGAGAAAAAGCUCUUCAGCUAGCGGGAUAUCAAGCAAAGGCAGAUCGUGGACGAUAUUCUAACGCGACCAAGCAAGAUGACAAAAAAGAGUUCGUUAGCGAAUUUAUUCCUGCUGAAAUCAUUAGCAAAGGAAAGGUGAACAAAUUAUAUGCAGAGAUCAUGAAAGAAUGGGAAAACGAGCAAAUAGGAAUAGAAAAGCAAGACAGCCAAGAAGAAGAAGAAGCACAGAAUUUCCAAUUAAAAUGGAAGAAGCAAUACAUCAAAGUCUGUCGAAGUAUGCCUACGUAUGGUGUCACUUGUUUCCUGGUGAAGGAAAAAGAACGCGGUAAAAAUCGCAUGAAGCCUCGACUGUUGGGUAUCAGCAAGACGAGUGUGAUCCGUUUGACGGAGGACAAGGAAAUAGAAUUCGAAUACCCGCUCGAAAGCAUUAAAAACUGGGCGGCUGGGACAAACAACGUCACACUCAAUUUCGGGGACUACAAAGGUCUAGAAGGGCUCGAUGCGAGCUCGUCCACUUACUCCGUGAAAACAAAGGCAGACGAAUCUGAGAAGAUUAUUGCUCUUAUCAAUGGCUACAUUCAAAUCAUUCUCGAGCAACGUAAGGGCGGAGAUAAAUUCGACGACGGAUCUGCCAACUGGCAAAAGCCACACAUAGCCAAUAAUGCUCCCAGCAAAGCAAAAACCUAUUCUGAGGGACAGAAAGCCCAAGCUGGGGUUCGAGGCGAGCCCGCAAUUCCAGGAAUUAGCUACACUGGGCAUGAUCCGAAACAAAUCGUCAAGGGAGAACUCCAAGGCGCGAAGAGAGCAAUAAUGAAUCCCAAUGAUCCUAAUCUUCCGCAAGCCAAACAAUCCCGACUUAUUCCAUUCCAUACGACUGUACAGCAGAAUCUCGAUGAACUCCCAGAAAUACAGAUGAAAGUUAUGAGAGCUGUCGAGAGAGCAGACUCCGAUGACUAUAGCGACGAGGAUAUUGAAUUCAAUAAACAUAAAAUUAACGCCCACUGCGAGAAAGUUGCCGAGUCAACCGCCCAAAUUGUCAACAAAUUUCCUAACGACAAUGAUCAAAGUCUCGCCCCAGCAGUUGAUGGUCUUGUGUCUGAACUCAAGGAACUUCCGGAACCGAUCCGGGCUCUCGCUGCCCUCAGCCUUCCAGAUGAAGAAAAAUCAGGUUCAAUUUUGAAUGCUGCUAACGACCUUCUUCAGGCUGUCUCAAAGCUUCUCAAGUCCUCACAGGAGACUGAUCAAGAUCUGUCAGCAAAGAAACGAUCUAUACAAUCUGCUGCUAUCGAAGUGUCUGAAGCUCUCGGGGAUGUUCUUAACUGUGUCCGUUCUAGUUCUGACGACAGUGGACAGCGUCUAGUGGAACUUGCAUCUAAGGUUCCAUUUGCCACACAAGAAUUAGUCAAGAAUGUACAAGAAGUCAUUCAAAGCAAAUCAGAUGCAGAUCUAUCAGACAUUAACUCACCAGAAUCAAAGUUGAUUGUCGCUGCGACAAAGACUGCUCAUGCAGCGUCGCAACUCGUGACCGUUGCGAAAGUAACUGCACCAACUAUUCACGACACUGGCUGUCAGAAGCAAUUAACAGAUGCAAUGAAGGACGUAUCAUACGCAAUCAAUAACUUAGUUAUGGAAACUGACUGGCUCGAGUCUAACGAUCGUAACAAAUUGAAAGACGCGACGGGCAAGGUAUCACUCGCGCUCGAAGCGCUCAUCAAUCACAUGAAAAAGAUCGUCACUCCAAGUACUUCCGCGGAAAAGUAUAGCGAUCUCUCAGGGCAGGCGCAAAAUCUGCCAAACAUUCAUGACCCCGAAGAGCGAAUUGCCGCAGUCAAGGAUUUAGCUCAGCAGUAUGUUGGAAAAGGUGGCCUCGUGCAUGCCCUCAAGCUCGAAGGAGAUGAUGCUACUGAUUCAAAUAAAAGAGACAGACUGCACGCUGCUGCCAAAAAUCUUAUGCAAGCUACCCAGGGAGUUGUAGAAGCUGCGAGAUCGAUGAACCAAAAUGCUGGCUCUGGUGACCUGGACCAAGCUGCUCGAGAGCUUGCUGAGGCUACUGAAGCUGGAAUUCGACUACGUGAAAAGCGAGCGACUGCAAAGAGUUUGAUCGAUGCUGCUAAGCAUGCUGCCUCUGCAGCAACUCAAAUGGUAGCACCCGUUCGUGCUGGCACCAGGAGCAACAACAACGCUAUUCAAGCGAAUAACCUUAACAUCCAUAACAAAGCUAUGCAGAAGCAAGUUCCUGAGCUUAUCAAGGCAACUAAGCAAUUGGAAGAAAAGCCAGAGAGCUCAAUCGCCCUGAACGAACUCGUUGAGGCAGCAAAGAAAUUCGCACCCCCUGCUCAGAGAACCGUCGGCGCUUCCAAAUCCGCCCAGCCAACAGUGACUGAUCCCUCGGCAAAGGCGUUGCUAAGAAAUGCUACUGAAAAAUUAGCUACCGCGAUUAAUAAGCUCGUUGCGUCUUCUCAACGUGCAGCUGAACUCUGUGAAUCAAGUCCACUUGAUAAUGCUUGUGACAAGGUCGGAGAUGUUGUGAAGGAGUUGGGCAAAAUGAGGCAAGAUGCGGAAAAUGGGAGACUCAAGCUCGGACGUGUACCUGCUCACAAUGAAGACUUGGAACUUGGAAAGGCUGUUAAACAAAGCAUCGCAGUGGUUCCACAAGUUCUCUCUGCUGCUGCCAACUCCGAUGAAACAGCAUUGAAUGGUGCUGCGACAGCGGCAUCGGAUGCAGCCGUCCAGCUCAAGGACUCUGUGAAGUAUACAAUUGCGAACGAGUCUGCUGUAAAUGCGGACACCGUGGACACUAUCAAAUGUGGACAUCAAGUUGCCGACUCAAUCCAGCGAUUGCUCUUUCUAUGUCGAGAUGAGCGUGAGAACGACUCGCCAGACAAAAAGAAUAAACUUCUCGAUAUGGCGAAAGAGCUAACUUCAGCGCUCUCGGACAUGUUUAAUUGUAUCCCUGGCCAGCGAGAAAUCGAAGAUAGUCACAGAAUGAUGAAAACUGCAACAGACAAGUUCGAUCAGCUUGCUGAUCGUUCUCAGCCUGUUGGAACUUAUUCCGCUGCUGCGCGCGAUCUGAAAAUUGCUGCAGAAGAUACCAAUCAAGCUGCUGGAAACGUUGUUGGAGCAGCAAGUGGAGAGUUACAAGAUGUCGUUCUUGCAAGUCAGGAAUACGCCCAAGAUUAUGAAAGACUCGUCGAAGCGGGCAUCAAAGUUGCAAGCCAUACAACUGGCAGUGAUCGUCAAGACGUUAUAGAUGAAAUGCGCGAAGUGUCUGCAGCUUCAAGCAAGUUGCUAAACGCUUCGAAGGAUAUCGCAACUGAUAUGGGAAAUUCGGGCUACCGAAUAGCUCUUUCCUCUGCCGCAAAAGGUGUUACGGAUGCUAUUAACGAUCUCAUCUCGAAAUGUGUUGCUGCUGCUCCUGGCCAAGCGUCGUGCGAGUCAGCUAUACGCAAAUUGAAUAACGCCAAAGCCGCGCUCAAUUCUGACAUUCUUCCAACAGGAGCGAAAAAAGACUAUUUUGCGAUUUUGAACGAUAUCAUAACGGAGCAUAGUCGCUCACUCGGCAACUCCAUGAAGAGCCUUUACCAACAUGCCAAAGAGCAAAACUCAGAAGCCUUCAGCCAAGAUGUUGACGCGACGACGAAUACUCUGCUGAAGUUAACCGACGAGGCGAGUGCAGCUGCAUACAUCGUCGGGGUUUCUGACCAAGGAAGUAUCCCUGGAAAAGAGGGAGUUGUUGAUCAGGUGCGUUUCCAGGAAUGCUCGAAAGGGCUCUUCCAAGCCCUUGAUGAUAUUGCAUACGACUCUUCUCAAGAUAAGUUGAUGGCAGCAGUUACAGCCGUUGCUAAACAGACAACGAACCUUUGCUCGAUGUGUGCUACAGCGGCAGAUAAAGUUAACCGGCCCGAACAGCGUAAUCAAUUCAAGCAAGGGGCACGGGAGCUCGGACAGGCGACAACUGAUUUAGUUGCGAAAUUCCGAUCUUACUCUCAGGAUCCAAAUGAAGAUAGGAUGGGAGAUAUUGGAAGUGCUUCCGUCCAGCUCAAACAAGUCACGAACAAUUUGAGUGACUUUGCAUCGUCGCCUGAAUUCUCCAACGUUGCCCCGCAGUUAUCUUCAGAGGCAAAAGAAGCUCAAUCACCAAUUAUUGAUGCUGGCAAGACGAUGCUAGAUGGAGGCUCCGAAAUGAUCGACAUUCUCAAAAACUACAUUCAAAAUCCGAAAAUGGGAGUUGAAGUCAGCCUUCACGCCGCAAGUCGAAAAGUGUCUGAGUCAAUCAAAAAGAUGAUCCAGGCCAUUCGAGAAGCGGCUCCUGGUCAGAAAGAGUGCGACGAAGCGAUUAGUUCCAUCAACGAUGCCUUCCGUGAGCUCAACAACGCAAGUAUGGACGCUAUGUCUCAUGGACUUGAUGGAGAAACCUUCCCUGGAACUUUCCAAUCACACACCAAAGAGCUUAACCAUUUGAUGAGCGAACUCGAUUCUUCGAUUUCACCUGUUGCUAAAGCCGCUAAAUCAGAAGCGGUUGAUCUAGGGCGCGGAGUUACGCAGAUGGCUUCACUUGUCGGAAACAUUUCUCUCAGCACCGUCUCUGCUGCUAGUAAACUUCCGAUUUCUAAACAAGAUGACUUGAUAAGCUACGCUAAAACGGUCCUUGAAAAUCUAUUGCAACUUGUAUACAGUGCUAAGGAAUCUGGAGGAAAUCCAAAAAUCAAGACUGCUCACAGUGAAGUCGACAAAGCAUGUACGAUGCUAAGGGAAACAAUCGUUGAAUUCCAAGAAGAGAUCAAUGUUUCACCUGCGUCUACGGCCAACAAUUUGAUUAACGUCGUUGAGCAAUCAGUCAACGGUUUAACUAAUACUGCUGAUAUCACAAAACUUUCACAAAAUCAGCUUCAAACGAAUCUGACGAAAGAAUGCCGUGAAUUGGCACAAAUUUCACAAAGUGUUAGCACUGCAUCUCCUGCUGAUAUCCCAGAGCUUCAGAAGGACUCUGUCGCCAUAUUCCAGCGACUCUGCAGUGUUUCCACGCAUGCGCACAAGAUCGCUGAUAGCGAAGUAGCUGCCAAUUCUAUCCAAGGGAAAACUAGAACAUGUGGAAGUUCACUCAUUGAUAUGAUAAACGCUUCUCUUAUUUACUCUGAAGAUCCGUCUGACUCGAACAAACGAGAUCUGCAUGAAAAAUGUCGAAGAGUCGCUGACGCUGUCAAGGGUAUUAUGGAAGUUCUAUCGGUCUCUUCUGCCUCCGCAAAAGCUACCCAAAAGCUUACAUCGAAAAUCGACUCUAUUAGACAGGACGUCGAAACAGAUAUUCUCUUUGCACAAUCAGGCACACUUGCCCUUGAUAUCGGCGAGAGUUUCAUGUUCGAAGAUCUUAUGUGCGAGGUCGCCAAGUUUUCUCGAAUGCUCACUGAGGACAUACGCUCUCUAGUUCAAGCAGUUGAAUCGUCAGAUAACUCUCAGUUGACGCAAGCCUGCGAGUCUUCUGGAGAAUCAAUAAACAGAUUGACAGAUACUAUCCGUGCUACAUCCAAGUUCAUCGCUAAAGAAGGUCCAGAUGCCCAGGUUGCGUUGCUCAACGUGACCAAGGGUCUUGUAGCCGCCUUAUCCGAGCUCAUUAAUGCUACACGAGUCAUUAAUGGACAAUUCAGCGAGGAAAAUGUUGGAAAGCUGAAGUCUUCAUCAACGGAAACUGUACGAAACGUUACUCGUCUCAUUCAAACAGUUCAAGUUAUCCGAGAAGAUCAGUCUAGAGGACCAGCGGAACUUAUGGCUUCGAUAAGCGCGAUUGAAAACUUCAGUGCGAAACUCAAGCAUGAGAACGUGCAAGUCGUCCAGGGUGGAUCCCCUGAGCCAGAGGCCGUGAUCGCAGCGACGAAGCCAUUGACAAUGGCGGCUAGUCGCGCUGUUGCCGUUGGCAAAAAGGGAAACACAACGGAGAUAAUUUCUUUGUGCAGCGUCUCGGUUGAUGUUGUAGAUGGACUUGUUCGGUCUGUGGUUACCAACGCUUCCGUAACACCAUCCGAAAAGUUGCGAUCUGAAUUGCUCGAUGAAAGUUUUAAUAUCAUUGGAGAUUAUAAAUGCGCUUUGACAGCUCUCCACGAUCGCUUGGUCAAUGCUGAUGUUGCACUUGAGUCUGACAUAAGUCACUACUCUCAGCGGGUCGCUACUGGAAUCGCUAGGCUCUCCAAAACAGCUCUUCGACUCAAGGGCGAUGAUUGGGAGGAUCCAAACGAUCCCAACGUCAUUGCUGAAAAAGAACUUCUCCGUGCUGCCAACGCUAUUGAAGCUGCUGCUUCGAAGCUCUCAAAUCUUACCCCUAGAAAAGAAGCUAACUCGAAGGCCGAUGAAAAUCUGAAUUUCGACGAGCAAAUUCUUGAUGCAGCAAAGUCGAUUGCUCUGGCUACUAAGUUGCUUGUUCAAAAAGCAUCAACCGCCCAGAAAGAACUCGUACUGGAAGGCCGGUUGCAAGUCACUGGUGUCUCAAAAGACAAAACGGGACAAUUUAGUCAGGGUCUUGUCUCAGCUGCACAGAUGGUCGCUCGAGAAACAGGUUCUAUGUGUGAAGCUGCAAACGAUCUUGUCAAAGGAGAGGCAUCUGAAGAAAAGCUCGAAGCAGCGGCUCAAGGUGUAUCAACGGCUACUGGUCAGCUUCUUAUAGCAUGCAAAGUCAAAGCUGAGCCUGAUAGCGAAGCGAUGAAACGACUGGAUCAAGCUGGUGCUGGAGUACGAAAAGCUGCUGAAAACCUUGUGAAAGCGUCGACUGCUGCACGAGAAAAUAAAAACGAAGAGAUGGCGACGAACUUUCAAAACAAAAGCGACUUCCAAGUCAAGCGAGAAGAGCUCAAAGCUCGUGAACGACUUCUCAAGGCAAAACGAGAAAUGGAAGCAGCCGAAGCUGCACUGCGCCACGCGAACGAAGAACGCUACCGUCGCCAGACAGCCGAAGAAGAGGAACAAGCAAACCAAGAAUAA